AUGACUCUCCCAGAAAUGGAGAAACCUCUAGUCACAGAGAUACAAGUUCGCAUGGACUGCAGUGGAUGCGUGCAGAAAAUAAAGAAGGCCUUGCAUGGUAUCAAUGAUCCUCACAAAAUAGCCAAAGCCAUUAAGAAAACUAGAAGAACUGUGAUAAUUUGUUCAGAUUCAGAGCCAUCUGAUGAUCACUCGUCAGAACCAGCACCAGGAACAGAGGGAGGAGCACCACCAGCAACAGAGGGAGCUAACCAGCUCACAGCAGAAACACCAACACAAGCAGAGGCACCAAAAGAAUCAUUACCAGUGUCGGAAAAUCCACCAUCUGAUGGUGCUAAUGGUACUCCAACAAACCAGCCUCCAGUUCAAACCUCUAAACCAAAAGAUGCUGAAGAAAUUCAUGUGAUACACCACCAUGUUAUGUACCAGAUAGAUAUGGGCCAUAUGGCUACGGUGGUGGACAAUGGAAUCCACACCGUGGUUCACCAGCACCGGGAUUGA